CGCUAGCCGCUACGCUACUAUCUACGUCGCCACGACAUCUCCCAUAAGAUGGUAGCCGCAGCCGCAGCCGCAGCUGCAGCCACAGCCACAGCCACAGCCACAGCCACAGCCGCCGCGCUCCUCGCCCCCGGUCUAAAGCUCUGCGCGGGCCGCGCGCGCGUCUCCUCUCCCUCCGGCCUCCCACCCCGCCGCGUCACUGCCAUGGCCUCCGCCCCCAACUCCUCCUUCCGCCCAGAGGAGGCGCGCUACCCUCCCGCCCUCGAGCUCCCGAUCCCGCGGCUCUCCAAGUUCAAGGUGGCGCUGUGCCAGCUCUCGGUGACGGCGGACAAGAGUCGCAACAUCGCGCACGCGCGAGCGGCCAUCGAGAAGGCAGCCUCCGACGGCGCCAAGCUCGUGGUUCUCCCCGAGAUAUGGAAUGGCCCUUACUCAAAUGACAGCUUUCCAGAGUACGCCGAGGACAUUGAAGCUGGCGGAGAUGCAGCCCCUUCAUUUUCAAUGCUGUCAGAGGUUGCUCGCAGUUUACAAAUCACUCUUGUUGGUGGGUCCAUAGCUGAACGUUCUGGCAACAACUUAUACAAUACAUGCUGUGUCUUUGGUUCAGAUGGCCAGCUGAAGGGUAAACAUAGAAAGAUCCAUCUUUUCGACAUUGACAUUCCAGGAAAGAUCACUUUCAAGGAAUCAAAGACUCUUACUGCUGGGCAGAGCCCUACUGUUGUAGACACAGAUGUUGGGCGCAUUGGUAUUGGUAUAUGCUAUGACAUCCGUUUCCAGGAACUAGCAAUGUUAUAUGCUGCAAGAGGUGCUCAUUUGUUGUGCUAUCCUGGUGCAUUCAACAUGACUACUGGACCACUGCAUUGGGAGUUGCUGCAAAGGGCGAGCAUAUCUAAAAGUAGUUCAAAACAAGUCAGAACCUUGAUCAGAACUCAUAAUUCUUGGAGGGCUGCAGACAAUCAGCUGUUUGUUGCAACAUGCGCUCCAGCUCGAGAUACCAGUGCAGGCUAUGUUGCUUGGGGACACUCCACUCUUGUUGGACCUUUCGGAGAGGUGAUUGCUACAACGGAGCAUGAGGAGGCGACCAUAAUAGCAGAUAUUGACUACUCACUGAUUGAGCAGAGGAGGCAAUUUCUUCCUGUGCAACACCAGCGGCGUGGCGAUCUCUAUCAGCUGGUAGAUGUCCAGAGACUGGGUUCUCAGUAGCGAGCCUGGAUGCGGCUGUGUGCCCGCUCUGCAGGCUUGCUCGUACUACUUCGGCUCUGCAGGCUUGCUCGUACUACUUCGUUCAUGAGAUGCAUGUCUAUGGGUUCUAGAGAUCGACCAACAUGAUGAGUGAAGGCGGAGAGGACGCAAUAAGGCGACUGUAGUUGUACCUUCAGUGGUGUCUCCAGUUGCCAAAUAAAUUGGUUACUUUAACGUCUGAAGAAAACCUCCCUCCAUGGGACGAAGAUAAAACGGAGGACUGCGACUUCCCUUUGGGCCCGACUAGUUUGAAGUUUGUACUAGCUUCGGGGGUGUCUGGGAGUCAAGUUUUUUUUCACAGUUUUGGUAGAAUACUGUAGUAUUCUCGAAUACUACGGUAUUAUAUACAAAAUGUUGUUUGGCAAUCUAGAUAAAAUCUAUGUUUUUAAAACUGAAGUAUUGCAAAUACCUUAGGGCAUGUUUGGAAAUGCGGUUUUGAAA